UUUGUAUGACACACCGAGGUUCGUCGAAUUUUCCGACGGGAAAAAUGUUAAAAACUGCGUUUCUGCCAGGAAGGCUCGGGGUAAGCAAGAGGAAGGGCGCAGCCGCGUGCGUACCUCACGGCCAUCGACCUCGCUCGGUACAGUGAAGAAAAUAUCCACCAACAAUCUUCGUGGAUUCAAUCAUGUUGUGCACUGUUGUACACAAGCCACAUAUCCGCAUUAAUGAUGACCGACGUAAUUAUCGAUACUUUUGUGACUCAUGGACAUUUGCUUAAAUUUAUUUUGUUGGAGCUACUCACGUUUGUAGUGCUAAUGACGAUGGGGGCGCGUGCAUCGCCGGAUAACGAAUCCGGCAGGAAUGAACGGAAAACGAAUGAGAUGCUUAUGCCAGUUCAUAAGAUCAAUCAUCCGGUUCCUGGGUUUCCCUCAAUAUGGAGUGGGUGAUUGCGCGAAAAUAAGGGUCAAGUUUGGAUUCUAGUUAGGAAGCAGUUGACAAAAGACAAUCAGGCAGCGUGAAAUAGUCAAGAUGGAACAUUCAAGGUGUAAAGCAGAGUCUACAGGUCUAGCAUACAAUGUGAUCACUAGUUCAGAAUGCGCUACUCGAGUUCUGUUGUAACGACACUUAUAUGAUAUUUUAUUGUUGUUCAUCUUCUCGUUGCAUGUCUCUUAUAGUAAGGUGCGGUUCCUGAAGCGCUCAUGGCUUGCUGUAGUUGCAGCUGCGAUGCAAUUCACACAGCUAUUGCGAGGAUU